AUGCCGACCCGAGCCGUUGGUAGUGAUAAACCGAGUGCUUCCGUUCACAGCCGCAACAACCUCGUCUCGGGCCCUUCACCCAAUGUCGCCAUUGUUUUUUCGGCUCAGUCACACAGCUCAAACGGCCUCUCCCAAUCCGUCUCGCCCUCAUCAUUGGCCCCAUCACAGUCGAACCAACCUAACUGUCCCAUGACGGCUCCGGCUACCCAGAGCCAUGCUGCCACUGCCAGCCUCUACCAGUGUGCUCACUGUCAACGGCGAUAUUCUCGCCCUGAGCAUCUGGCCCGCCACAUCCAGACGCAUACCUUGGGGAAGCGGUUUGCCUGUCAGAUAUGCGGCAAGGCAUUCGCCCGCCAAGAUCUUCUCAAACGCCAUGUCACUAAUCACGACAACGACAAUGACCCCAACAAGAAGAGACGUCGCACCGAUACGUCUCCCGGCGCUGGCCGCGUCUCUCACGCAUGCCGGCCUUGCGCGACCGCCCGUGUCAAGUGCGAGGAGGUCAAGCCUUGCACGCGGUGUCGCAAUCGCAACCUCAACUGCGAAUCCUCGUCCACCGAAGCUGGCUCUGCAGCUGCCAUGCACCUUCUCCACUUGUCUGGGAACCCGCACACGACCACUUCGACACCUGGCUCCCUCGCUACGUCCCCUUCCCAGUCUGCCUACGACAGCAGCCCCUCGGCUGUCUACCAGCAGCAUCCCCAGCAUGCCAUGCUCCCACCCAGGGACGAAAAUGCUCAGCUGGGCUCCGCCCAUCACGUCAAGUCGGAAUCUGGCCACUUUCCCUCCCAGAACAACGUCACUGGCCAAGGCAAAGACAGGCCCGUCCCAGUCAACUUCGAAAUCGGCAGUUCGGCUGUUGACACGUCCUUGCCCUUCUCCGACUUCCUCCAAAAUGUUAUUUAUGAACCAGGAAUGGAAGUAUCGAGGAUGGCGGGGGCGCAGGGCCUAGCCGUUCUCGACUUCUGCGACAACUCGAAUCUCGAGCUGAACGAGGUGGACUUUGGUCUUCUGGACCACUGGAACAUGGACGCCAUGGGCAACGCCGAGUCCGACCCGAGUUUUACCCCUCAAACCGACGAUUCAAUCGACCUGACGCACAUGCGACAGACACUGGUCAAGGUCUGGACGGAAUCGCCGUGGCAAUGGGCGCCCACCCAGACGGACUCCUGUUACGUAGAACACCCAAACCUCUCCGUACCGCCCGACGAUACGACCAGCGCCGCCUUUCAGCAGAGCCGACAUAAACACGCCAGAACCGUCAAGGACAAGUUAGAUCAGUCGGGUAGGGACCAGAUCCUGGCAAUCGUCUUGUCAACCUGCAAGAACGACAGAAUCAUGAGCCGCGUCGCUUCUUCAUUCCCUUCGCUGGAGGUCAUGGACAGCCUGGUCCACAUCUUUCUGGCGGCGCACUUCUGCCAGACAUCGCAAUGGAUUCACCAUGGCUCUUUUUCCAUGGAAGCUCAAUGGCCAGAGUGGCUCGCCGUCGCUGCCUCCGCUGGGGCCAUACUGACUCCUGUGCAAACCUUGCGCAAGUUUGGGUUCGCUCUGCAGGAAGCGGUCCGAGUCACUAUCCCAUCAAGGUUUGAGGACGCCAAUACAUCCAUCAAGAAUUUGGGUCUUGUGCAGACCUUGAUCUUGGGCCAAGACAUCGGCUUGUGGAGCGGCAACCGGCGCAAGAUGGAGAUUGCCGAAUGUCAUCUCCUGAUUCCCAUCACAAUGAUGAGAUACCGCGGCAAAUUCCAGCGGGCAUCAUAUCCCAUCAUCGAAGUCGACAUCUCGGACGAGGGCGAGGUUCUGGAGAACAAAUGGAGGCUCUGGUACGAUCGGGAGUCGUGGAAGAGACUACUUUUCCACUGCUUCGUGCGAGACGCUCAGACCUCCAUGACCACGCUUACCAACCCAUCCAUGUCGUACUCGGAACUCACCUUGCCUCUUCCCGAGACCAGGGAGUUGUGGUUCGCCAAGACGGCGACCGAAUGGAAGAGGCACUACCUCAAACGAACCGCUGAGCAGAAUAGCCGGCCUCCCUCGAUUUGCGACCUCUUCAAGGACAUCAACCUCCUCGCAACGAAUCGCCAACGCUUGGAUUUGCAGUUCGCAAUCUCGAUAUUUUUACAUGGUUAUUGGGCGCUGAUCCUAGAGUAUCUCCAGCUCUGUGCCGUAUUGCGCACCCGGACUUGGCUGAACUCUGAGACUAAAUCCGGAGAGGUGCUCCGCGCCAGGCAUGCCGAAUUGUGCAAAGACCUGCAGGGUUUCCUGCAGGUCACAUCCAACUGGCACGAGAUGCUUUCGGCUCAGGAGAGCUUGGUGUUGCAUCUUCUGAUGAUGAACCUACAUCUCUCGUUGAACGACCUGCAGCUGUUCUCGGGCAAAGAGGGCGAGGACCAAGCCCGCCGGGUCUUUGGUGACCUGCGCGAGUGGUCGCAGAGUGCCGAGGCGCGUCAGUCCCUCUGGCACGCGGGUCAGAUCUUGCGCCAAGCAAAGAUGUUCCCGCCGGGUCAUCUCAAGGACUUUUACGCCGUAGCCGUCCACCAUGCGGCCCUCGCAUGCUGGACAUACGGCGUGGUUUCGAAGGCGAGCGGGAACCGGCCUGCUCAUCACGAGCAAGAAAAGGUUUUCCUAGACGGCACCGAGUCGAACCUGGUGCAUCGCUUCAUUGGGUUCAACCAGGGUCAUCCAGUGAUUCUAGGGCCCAUGACUAGGGCCGGAACCACUGAGGCGUCGCUUGACGAUCCCAAGGCGUGCAUGGAGGUUGCGCAGGAGAUUCUCCGGGCCAACUUUCGAGACUCGUCGGAUCUUCAUCCGCCUAUCGUCGAGAACCUCUGUCUUCUUAUUAAGCAGCUCGGCCACGCUGCUUGGGCAGUGGGGAUGUCUUGA